UGUCGGGACUUCCCCCUAUUAUUCACCUUUUCGCACUCGCUCGUUUUGUUUUGGUACCAGGAAGGCUGAAGGAAAAUUCUUUUCCGUAGAAAUCGAAUUUUCCAUCGUUUGGAAACUAAACUGCAAAGCUGGAACUGGCAAUGUCGCUCAAAUCACAGGACGAUAUCCCGCUGGCGGAUGACGAUUUAGAAGUCAUCAUCAACGAUGACGAAAGCAGCAAGUACAUGUGCAAUGGCCGUUCGCUGGAUUCGAUUGCCAGUUCGUACACGAACGGCAACUCUAGCCCGCAGCAGUUUCUGGAAAACGAAAGCCCCGACGCGGACGAGCAGGAGGAGAAGGCCCGUCUCAUUGCCCAGGUGCUGGAGCUACAGAACACGCUGGACGAUCUUUCACAGCGUGUGGACAGCGUGAAGGAGGAGAAUCUCAAGCUGCGCUCGGAGAACCAGGUUCUCGGACAGUACAUCGAAAAUCUGAUGUCCGCUUCGUCGGUGUUUCAGUCGACCACACCGAACAAUGUGCAGAACAAGAAAAAGUAAGAGCGCUCGCGGGACACUGCAAACAAGUGCUUGUUGUUCUUGCGCGAUAAACGAAUCCACACUCGAAGCCAAAGAUAUUCCACGAGCUGUUGCUAUUGCAGUAGGACAAAGACACACACGAGCGCCGCGCAAUGAGGUGGUCCUUGCCGGGAACCCCCCGAACGUAGGCUAAUGUAAGGAAUUUUGAAUGAACAUUAACGCUUAAAGAAUGCGGAAUCUGUAGGCAGCAUGUCGCGUGAGUUUGAAGAACCAGCGCGGGAUUCGUUUUGCCACACGCCUUUGCUAGAACAAAUCGACCGACGCGAGCCGGGUGUUGCAUUCGACCGUUCGUUAGACUGUUUUCAUAGUUGCCCCUGCUAGGCCGUGCAAGUUUAGUGCUUUACGUUUCUUCAGCUUCUUUGCUACCGUCUCGGCGGUAGAGCAGUGCAUUCCAUUCCGGAGAAUGGGGGUUAACCUAGCUUAAGUAUUUACUAACUCACCCCCUGGUAUUAUCGUCGCUCCCUUUUGCCUCCCCAUGUAUCGUUAAGGAAGUGUAACGUGUAACAAAUUGGAAUACUCUACUAUAUUUAUUUCGUAUUGAAUAAACAGCAAACUCUCACACGCACGCA